CUCUCAGUUCGGCUAAGAGGGGAAUGGAUGACGAUGGCGCCCAGGACGUGGCGUCGGAGCUGGAGGGGAAAGAUGUGGGCGGCUGGGGGCUUCUGCAGAUAGCAGGGGGCACAGGGCUGGUGGCUUACUUGGUCUGGGCCCUGGUGCUGAUGCCCGGCUUCCGAAAAGUGCCGCUAAAAUUACAGGUGCCCUACGUGCCAUCCAGUGCCAAGCAAGUGGAGAACGUCAUGACGCUGCUGAGGGGGCGCGCAGGAAAGAUGGCGGACCUGGGCUCCGGGGACGGCAGAAUCGUGCUGGAGGCCGCCAGGAGGGGGUUCCAUCCUACCGUGGGGUACGAGCUGAACCCGUGGCUGGUGCGCGUGGCCUAUCUCUACGCCUGGAGGGCUGGAUACCACCGGCGGGUCACAUACUUACGAGAGGACCUGUGGAAGGUGAAGCUGCACGACUGUGACAACGUCUCCGUAUUUCUGGCCCCCAGCGUGCUCUCGCUGCUGGAGAACAAGAUGCUGGCGGAGCUGCCCAGCGGUGCCCGGGUGGUGGCUGGACGGUUCCCACUACCCACGUGGGUACCCAGUGACAUCAUCGGAGAGGGUGUAGACCGAGCCUGGGCCUAUGAUAUUAGGACUGUACGGCAAGCUGUGAAGACCAAAGAGCCGGGCACCGAGGUGUGACCACGGAAGGGACAUUUGUAGUGUCCCACUAUGUAAAUGCGGGCACUACUCAAGCGUCAAUUGGGUCACGUUGUUCUCCACCUCCUGUGGAACAUGGUCAUUGUGUUUUAUAUGGUAUUUUUAAUGUGUAUUUUCCCGUUAUCUCCUGUACCAGGCCUGUUAGGGGUGUAGUUCCUCCUCCUAAGCUGUAGAGGGAGCUAGGAAACCCCCCUAGUAUAUAUAGUUAGGCCCAGACAGGAAAGAGUCAGUCCAGAAGGGAGUGAAGUUAGCACUUUAGCUAGAGAGGAGCUGAAGAUCAGCUUCUAACAUGCAGCUAGAUAGCCCAGGUUCCUAGCUUGCAUCCAGGGGAAGAAGUUGC